ACGCUCCAAAACAAGGUAAUAGUAAAACAAAGUCAGAUUCAAGUCUGACCAGAAAUUCAACCCCUUCUGCAAGCGUACAUAAGGUUAAGGCAGGAAAAAUUCAAAAAUCAGAUCAAGUUGAAACUAAUAUUAAGGAAAAUGCAAAUAAUAGUAAACCUGUGCAAGCUCCAAGCGCAGCAUCCGAAGGGGGUGUGUUGUCUCUUGCGAAUUCUUCAAAAACUGGUGACAAAAUUGCCAAAACGUUAACAGCAAUUUCAAAAGAAAAACUCUCAUCAAAAGAAGUAUCCUCUUUACCUUUUAAGGACACUAAAACAGCAAAUGAAGAAACAGCUCCAAAAGUUAUAUGUGAAAAUUCUUCACAUGCGAAAAAUAAUCCUGUUAGCAUAUCUAAGAAUCUAUCGAGCAGUCCAAAAGGUAAUUCCAAGCAAAAAGUCAUAAAACAAGUUUCAAAUUUAAAUAAGCGGAAUAGUGAUGUAUCUGAAAGUAAUUGUUCACCGGAACGAAAGAUGACAACAAGCAUUUCAAACACAAAUGCCGACACUGCACAAACAAGAGAAAAUGAUAUCCACAAGCCACCUUCUGAAGACAGUGGUAUAACACGGGGAGAUCAAAUUUCAUCUGAAGCUACAGCUGAGCCAACGCCUUCCGUGCUUCCUUCUACAGAAAAUCCUGUACCACCAUCUCCAGUAAAGCGAAAUCGAAAGGAAAGAAGAUCUAGACAUUCUCAUAGCAAGAAUUGUAGACGUCAUAGCAGGCGUUCUCAAGAAGAGAGAAGCGCUGCUUUAAAGAGAGGGCAAUGUGAUGAAUAUUAUGACGGACUUACAGGAGCUCGUCGUUUUCAUAAAGGCAGACAUUCGGACAGCUGGACUUCUGAUCUUUCUUGGGAAGAGAAAGAACUGUUGCGCCGCCUUCGAAGUAGAAGAGGAACUGUUCGUUCUAAUGCACCUUCCGCGAGAUCUGCACGAUCUCACCAAUGGAAGCAGGACGAAGGGCAUUUUCAUCGACCUCAGCCCUUUCGACGAUCUGUUUCGGACGAAAGUACCUUUUUCGGCUCUUCUGUCUGCUCAUGCGAUGACUGCUGGGCAUUUUUCAUGAAAGACUAUGCAUAUGGAAGGGCAUCUUUAAGGGGUAUUCCGGCCACUCAGGAAUUAUGUACGUGUCGAAUGGUCCGUCCAGAUUUCCUGGGACGACGGGUUCAGUUCCGUUCUGAAACAAUCCACGAAGCAUCGCAGUCUGAACGGACAGUGACAACUCCAACAAUGACCGAAAAUAAAGACGGCGGAACUGAAGACGAUGUUACUAGUAACCUUUCUGCGAAGAAGAAAGACGAAGAACCACAAAAGUUACCCAACGGAAUUACAGAGAAAAAAUCCAAGACUGCGGAAGAAAAUUACCGAUUUGUUACACCAUGGGAGUUAGAAGAAUGGGAUCUGGCAAUGAAACGUCAUUUGCUGCACAGGCGAAGGAGACGAGCUCGAUGUAUGGGUAUUAUGGCACUGGCAAUGGUAGUCUUCAUCGGACUGGUGGUAGCAGUAGUCAUGAUAUAUCUGCGAAGGAAAGUGAUCUAAUCGCGUGUUUGAAUAUUGCUAGAACUCUCAUAAGAUAAAGAUGUAUAUGUAGAUAUACCUGACUAUAUAACCUUUUAAACAUAGAUCCUACUGUUAACUUUUAAACGAAAUAUUUCCUUUGUAAGGGACAGUAUUCUUUGAUAAAUAUUGAUAUUUGCAUGAUGUAGAUAAACGCAUAAUGUGCAACAACGUUUAUGAAAAGUGUUCUAUUUUAAGCAGGACCGGUGCGUUUCUGCCAAAGUAGUUAAAAUUACUGGUUAAUGCUUUCUGCCGUAAACGUAUCAAUAACUGGCAAAAACUCUCAAAAAACGCUUUGUAGUACACUAAUUAAAGCAAAGAAAUGUAUUUUCAAAGCAAGUAAAUUUACCUAUAACGCAUUUAUAAUAUUUAUUCAAAGUUCAUGUGCAUCAGCUUCACCCCUCGAUUUCUGCAACACAUUUUCCACAAAAUAGUUAACAUAAAGAGAGCAAUUUGACUGGUGUUACAAAACACAAAGAAUUUUCUGAUUUGCUGUGAAUAAAGAAGGAGCUGAAUAAUAUUCUUGAAACCUAAAGAUAUUUACAGGCAUUGUCAGCAUUGUAGAAACAAGAAUUAUUGAUCUUCAGUUGCACCACAUUAGACCAUAAUAUAAAAUCUGAAAUAUUUUAUGACUUCUCUGGAGAAAUAAAUGUAUGUUAAUAAACGGAGCUGAUUUUGCAUGAAAAGCUAUGAUGUAAGGCACAAAAUGUGGGACUAGGUCAUAAAAUAAUACCUUAGCUCUUCCUUCUCACUGAUUUAAUAAUACAGAUCUCACGUACCAUGAACGAAGCAUAUUGCCACACAAUGUUGAGUUAUUGUCUAACUAAAACUAUUCCAACUUGUUUUCUGAAAGGGAAGGAUGCAUUGCAUUUUUUCUCGUUAAAAAUUAAUUUUAAGCUCAUAAUUUUGUAGAAAUAGAAUGAUUUAAAUAGGCAAAAUUUGAUAUAUUUACUCUUUUUAUUAUUAGAAUUACAUAUUGAUUAAUACAAUUGAUAUCCACAAAUUGUUUCUACUUAUGGAUAUAUAUUUAUAUAUAUUAAUUAAAAUAUGUACUUUUUAUGCAUUAAAAGAAUUUAUUAAGUUAGUAAAUAUUGUUAAUCAAAAUUCAAAUACUUUUAUUAGUUUCUCCUAAGAGAUACCACUUUAUGUCAGUUAUAACCAUUUUAUGCCACAGUGAGGCGAAAACUAUAUUCAGCAGGCAGAUAAUCAAGCCAGAUUUUAAGAUAUUUAAAAAUAGUAUUUUCCUUUUAAUGCUAUAAACAGCGAUAAGUGUCAGUUCCUCAAACAAAAUAAGACAUAUUAGUAAAAAAUGCGCCUAACAUCGACUAAUUGACUAACAUUGACUAAUACUGAUAAUCUGCAACCUGCAGAUACUCUACAAAGCAACUGGAAGAACUACCCUUCCACCUCUAGCAAUAAAUCCUCCAUGAAGUUGUAGCAUUUCCACAAGACGGAAUCUUAGUGAAGUAAAAUGUCCUAAAGGACAAAUAGACCAAUUAAGUAAAAUGUUCCUACUUAAUAUAGCCUUUCAUGUAUAGAUAUAAUACACGAAAAAUAAUUUGCUAUACAAAACCUUUUACUGAAUUGAAUUUACGCAAAUCUCAUAGUCGUUAAUAAGUAUUUUAUAAUGAGCAUGAGCUUCUGUCCAGAUAAUCAGGAUAUAUCUUACGCUGCAACCAGAAUUAAAAUAAUAAAGCGAGGAAAAAUAACAGUAGAAACCAUUAAGAUAAGGAUCUAAAGUAAUUCACAAGACAUUCUACAUUCAUUGCAAAGUUGUUUGCUAGAAGAAAAUAAGUUGCUUUCUUAAUUUCAAAUACUAAAAUGUUGUCGUAUUUUGUGCAUUAUCAUCUGAUCACAAUGUUAUUGUUCUCAAGUGUGUAACAGAACCUUAAAUAUUUGCCAAAACAAAUGUAAUUUUGUACAAAUAAAUCUAUAUUUUACUACUU